AUGACUGGAGGAGAAUGUUAUGAGGUCUUCAUUUUUUCAUCGAAUGCUCAUAUUGAUACCAUUUACAGAUUAAAUGCCAAGGAAAGAAAGUAUUUUUCGUCUCGAAAGGAGUCACCUACGAGUGCAAAAAAGCUGGUGAAAAAAUUCAACUCGAUGAGGUUUUCGGAGCAAAAAAACUUUGAAUAUAUCAAUUACAGGAGUACAAACAUCCGAAUCACUAUACAACCUUUUUUGCCACUUUGUGGAAGAACGAUUUUGAGCCAUAUGAAGUGAUUUUUCCACUUUUUUUUUGGUCAGGGGCGGGUAUCAGCUCGCAAAAGAUUUGAAUGAGGCCAAGUUCGCUGGAGCUUUUUUGCAAUCUUAUUCGAAACUGUUUCUCCCCUCACGACCGAUUAGAUUGUAAAAAUUAGUUUGGAACUCUUUAAUUUGCAAAAAUAUGAGCCGCCAAGGAAUAUUCAAGCUAGUUUUCAAAAAGCUCCAGCUAAGUGAAGUUAGCAUCAAAAAAUUCCCUAAGUGGGAAAGUGUGUAAGGUGAACAUUGCAGAUCUCACUAAGAAUAACUUCCGAGAUAAACGCGAUACGCUGGCGGUACAUUGACGAGCUCGCAUUUCUCUUGCAUUUUGAAAAUUUCCGAAAUGCAAGAUAAAUGCAAGCUCGCGCCCAGAAAAAUGCGAGAUCGCGCCUAGAAAAAAGCGACAUGUUUGCGAGUUCGUCAAUGUACCGCCACCGACCUCGCGUUUAUCUCGUCAGUUAUUCUUAGUGCUGGUCCAAGCUUAUGUGGCAGGUGGUCCCAGGUUUGAGUAUUCGAAAACAAAAAUUCUAAUUUGAGACUACCUUCAACAGAAGUUUGGAUCAUAUCUGCAAUGUUCACCACGCAUACUCCCCUCGUAAGGAACGAGUCUAUCUUGAAUUUCGUGUUAACGCAUGAUUAUUAACGCAUGUUUAAUGUUAACGCGUGAUUCAGGUUCUGCUGAAGUACAAAAUCUCACGUACGGUGAUCUGCCCGGCGUACUGCGAAGUGUGCGACGAACAGGAUUCGAACGAAUGCUGUGGAAGCUCCACUUUGUCUCUAAUCCUCGCAUUCGUUUUGAUUUUCGCGUUCAAUGCCAUUUUCUGA